UCUCAUAGGAAAAGGCGAAUAAUAAAUUGAAGGCAAAUCAGUUCAACAAUCGUAGCCCGUAACAGUAGAAGUGAGAAGUGCUUUAGAGUUUUAGUUUACAUGAAUCAGUGUGCCUGGUGCGAGUGUAUAUAGUUUCUGUUUAGGUGUGAUUAAAACGAAAAAACAAUCACAUUAUAACGAUAUUCAGAUUCAUCAAUCCAUGAUAGCAGUACGAGCAAUAAUUAUUCUUGUUCAAUCCAUCAAUAUCGACUAUUAUUUGUCAAGUCAUGCUGAAAUUCGUUCAAUGCUUUCACACGGAGCAAAAUUUUCGUGAAACGCCCUUGAAACAUUGAUGUGAAGUGAAUGGAAGAAGCCUUAUUAGGAAGAAUAGCUGGAGUAGUAGUUUUGAAUUUGUCGCAGUUAACCAAGGAAGAAAAGAAAACACUCCCCUCCGGAAAUCGAGCUAGAGAAAGAUCAUGUCAAUCACGGGGAACUAUGACCAAUAUCACCGUAGCGGAAGCACCAGUGGCGGUCCAGAUAGACCGGAACGAUGCGUGUGCUGCGUUCGGACGAUGAAGUGGCUUCCAGUGUUAUUCAUUGCUUUGGUUAUUGCCUGGUCAUACUAUGCUUUUGUAGUGGAACUCUCGUUUUUCACCGUGACCAGCCUACUGCAACGUAUAUUGUUCCUGCUCUUCUACCAUUUGAUACUGAUUAUGUUCCUGUGGUCCUAUUAUCGGACCGUUUUCACGGACAUCGGUCGCGUUCCACCCAGGUUUCGUGUUCCUCGUUCUGAACUGGACCGGCUGCUCCGGGCUUCCAGCGAGGAGGAGCAAAAGCAUAUUCUGGAAGCCUUUGCCCGAGAGCUACCGAUUGUAACACGCACCCUGAAUGCGUCAGUUCGCUUCUGUGAAAAAUGCCGCCUGAUCAAACCAGACCGGGCCCACCACUGCAGCGUGUGCGGUGUGUGUGUACUCAAGCUGGACCAUCACUGCCCCUGGGUGAACAACUGUAUCAACUUUACCAACUACAAGUUUUUCAUACUGUUCCUGGGUUACGCCCUGGUAUAUUGCCUGUACGUGGCAUUCACCACGGCCAUGUAUAUGGAAUUAAUUUGGAGUGUGAGUGGACGAGAAGGCAAAAUCGAUGGACGGUUCCAUAUAUUGUUCCUGUUCUUUGUUUCGUUGAUGUUUGCUAUUAGUCUAGUGAGCUUAUUCGGUUACCAUUGCUACCUGGUGCUAUUGAAUAGGACAACUUUAGAAUCAUUCCGUACACCAAUCUUCCGGUACGGUGGACCGGAUAAAAAUGGAUUUAGCCUGGGGAAACUGAACAACUUCCAGGAAGUUUUUGGUGAUGACCGGCGGCUGUGGUUCGUACCUGUCUACACAAGCCUCGGGGAUGGUAUGGUGUUCCCGGUGCAGGCGAAUCAUCUUCCUACCGUCGGCGCGAUGAACUCGGCACCGUCCUCGGAAUUGAGCAACACCAGCACGCGCAUCACCCUGAUGGCGAAGGAUGAUCUGGAUGACGUUGUUCCUACUCGGUUGGAGACGGUCAAUGAACAGCAACAUCAAAACCACAAUCCGAACUACCAUCAAUAUGCGUACCAUCUACAAAACGGCUCGACUAACCCAAGAGAACAUCGCAGACGACCAGAAGAUAUUGUGUGAAACAAUUGCACAGCUUGACUAUCAAUGUUAUUCAGCAGUUCUUGUUUUUAAAAGUAAAGUACUGUCGAAGAAUACUAGGACACACAGUGACAAUGUUCGAGGACUUUUGUGUUAGGUUUAGUUUCCUAAUUUGUCUAAGGAUUUCAAACGACUACUGAAACUGAAAUAGUUGUCACCGGCAAUCAGCUACAUUAUAGUACAAUCACCACUUACAUUAUAUAGGCUUCUUUGUGUGCACGAACUAUCUAAGCUUUAAAUGAGAACAGACAAGAAAAUUUACGAACGUGCAAAUUGACGUACAAUUACUGUAUCUAUUUGUUAACGUGACGGAAUCCAAACUUAUGCAAUCAUUGAUUUUAUAUACAGCCAAACUUGAUGAGUAACAGUUCUGACGAGAAUUUUUUUUUUGAUUGAAGAAAUUCCAAUUACGAAUUCUAUAAAACCGAACAUGAAA